UUCUGAUAAGCGCCACAGCGUCUUUUGUAUUCCGAAAAAACACUGUGACGUUGGUUUCUUUAUGGCCAUGACCCUUAUUUGCAAAACACUAGAGCCGAAACUCCGUGGUCCUUUAUACUUCUUUAGAGUCUAUUUUAUUUGCCCAUCCUACCAAGUUGUGAAUAUAAAGGUAGUCGUACACGGAACUAAACUCCAUUUUUUAUUGCGCAUCAAAAAGCAAUACCAAUUUGUAGUUUACGGGAAAUUUAUACACGGACAUCAACGAGUUUAUUUUGCGAGCGACCUGUCCCAGACAUGAAGCUUGUUCUUCGUUUGACGACUUUGUCACAGGUAUUCCUUUUGGUAUGGGCGACUGCUUCUGUCCAGUUCAAGUUUGUAUCUUUCUACAAUUCCGACCAUAAUGAUUAUGACGGUGGUUGUUGCGAUGACUUCUUUGGUGGCUGCGAUGACUUCUGUGAUAACUACUUCUUUGUGUGUAUCGACGGCGACGAUACAGGUCCCUUGGGUACAUCCUGCGACAUGGCAGCUAUCACAACAGCGAAACUUCAUGAGGAUAACGACAACUUCAACUUCCCCUCCACCAUACCCAACCUGAUAGCGAACCCGUACACCAUGCGUGUCGACUCCUGGUCGGGCAGCAUGGAAGUCUUCGUUCGAGUCUGGGAUCUGGAUACCCAGAAUAAUGAUGACGAGAUUGAUCGUGAUAGAAGGACCAUUUACAAAGCGGCUGCACGGAGUCUAUCGGGCGCGACGUGGCAGCAGUAUAGCCUGGGCUCACGGACACAGAUCGACUUCAGUUUUCAAGUGAGGGUGUAUUGCGACAGUUAUUACUAUGGCUCCGACUGCAGUGUGCACUGUAUUCCCAGGGAUGACCAGUAUGGACAUUACCGAUGUCACUCAAAUACGGGAGCCAAAAUUUGCUACAGUGGCUGGGAAGGAUCCAAUUGCGAGCUUGAUUACGAUGAAUGCCAGUCUAAUCCUUGUGCUAAUGGCGCAUGCGUUAACGGGGUCGAUCAAUUCAGCUGCUCCUGCACAGAUGGCUGGACUGGAACGACAUGCAACAUCGAUGUGGACGACUGCGCAUCCACGCCGUGCAAAAAUGGCGGGACUUGCCACGAUCACGUGGCAUUCUUCACCUGCGCAUGUCCCCCUGGUUUUGUGUACGCGGAUGUGUUCUGUGAGUACGACGACUGCGCUGGUCAGCCGUGUCAGAACGGAGCCACGUGUAAUGAUCUGAUUGAACAGUUCCAGUGUGUGUGUCCUGUGGGUUAUUUUGGAGAUCUGUGCGAGGUCGACAUCGAUUUCUGCAUCAACCAAACCUGCGCCAAUAACGGCACGUGCGUUGACCGAGUGGACGGGUUUCACUGUCUGUGCGAGACGGGCUACGAGGGCUUCUUGUGUGACGUGGAAACAGACGAAUGUAGUUCCAAUCCGUGCCUUCACAAUGGGACGUGUCAUGAUCUCAUUGGGAAAUAUCAGUGUGCAUGUCAAGAAGGAUAUGAGGGAACACACUGCGAUCUGGAGACGGACGAGUGCCUGAGCUCCCCGUGUAGAAAUAACGCAACUUGUGAGGACGAGUUCGCUGGAUACCACUGUCACUGUGUCGACGGGUACGAUGGUGACACGUGCGAGAUGGACAUAGACGAAUGUGCCUCGAACCCAUGCUAUGCCAAUGAGACCUGCGUGGACGAGAUCAACGGUUUCUGGUGUCUGAGGUUGAAUCUGUGUGAUUACGAUCCGUGUAUGAACAACGCCACUUGCGUGGACGAUUACCCGGGGUUCAUCUGCGAAUGCGCGGCAGGUUACGGCGGAAAGACGUGCGACCAAGACAUCGACGAGUGCGGCAGCUCGCCGUGUCUACACCAGGGCACCUGCACCGAUCACCUGGAUGGGUACACCUGCCUCUGCCCGCCGGGCUACGGCGGAGAAAAGUGCCACAGUGAAACCAACGAGUGUAAUAGCUCACCCUGUCUGAACGGGAUUUGCUGGGAUCUCAUCAACGGCUACGUUUGCAACUGCACCGCGGGGUAUGAAGGCGUGCUGUGUCAGAGCGAAAUAGAUGAGUGUGCUAGCUCGCCUUGUGAGCAUGGAACGUGUGUGGAUGAGUUGAAUGGCUACAGAUGUGAAUGUGAUGUGUUUUACGAGGGCACUCAGUGUGACACGGUGAUAGAUAAGCCAUGCGCCCUCAAAGACCCACCGUGUCAGAAUGGUACAUGUGAAAACACCAACAGCGCUAACGAUUACAAUUAUAAAUGCACCUGUGAUGACGGCUUCUAUGGAACAAAUUGCGACAUAGAUUCAAAACUGUACGGUGCCGUCGUCUUCGUGACAGGAAAGCUGGAAGAUAAGUCUGCAUUUGAGACCAAAUUGGCCAAUCUGCUGCAGAAACUCUACGCACCUCAAUCGCGCGUGCGCAGAGACACCGGAGAAACUGUGUCAGUGAAAAUAAUUCUGACAGAGGACUAUGUCAAAUCUACCGAUAGCUCUCCUCUGACUAAAGUGACCUUUCUAGCUUGGACUGAGUCGGGUUACUUACAGAAGGACACCAUUGAGGCUUUGAUUGAUGGGGCGUCAACGGAUCUUCCUGCCCAGUACGGCCUCGACAUCUACAAGGGAUCUGCGGAGCCAAACACCGGGAACCCGUCAGAGAACUGGAUCGGUUCCAACUGGUACAUCAUUCUAGUCGUUGUCGUUGUUGUGGCUUUGGUUGUUGCGGUCGGGUUCAUCUCCUACCAAAAAGGAUACAUCAAUCGAGCCAAGGAUGCUGCGAUCAAGUACCAAGGCCGCGACCGGGGCCAAUCGGCCCUGCCGCUGGAUCUGGAGACACCUUACAAUACCCGCAUCGGGGAGGGGGACAUCGCCUACAGUACCCGCAUCAGGGAUGACGCCCCUACUCUGCCCAAAAGACCCGCCCGUCCCAACAUGGUGGAGUCCUUCAACCCCGCGUACAUAUCGAGCUGUGAGCAGCCUGACCUCUGUGGGUCUGCCGCCGCCUGUGCCGACGACUCAGGCUUCUUCGUUGCCUUAGAUGGGGGCAAGGAGAAGGCAGACAACCACUACGCCGAUAUUCCCGCGCUCAAGGCCGAAGCUAUUGCUCAGGAGAACCCGUACAGUGCAAUAGGACAUUAGUCAGUGGCGUAAAUCCAUUCCGGCGAGUGGGGCGGAUGGGGGAUGACCAUACGGCCAAAUCCUAAAA